AUGUUGCAGUCAAUCGAAGGCUAUCCUGAAGAUCACAGGGUGGACCCCUUUGAUCCGGACGACUUCGGAGAAGACACUCCAAGUCAGGAACCCGAACACACCAUCACGACCGUAUCGACACACGGCUACACAAAAGCUUUCUACACGCUCGCUGGCAUUAUACACGAAGAGCGAUCUGAAUGCUUCACCUUCUUCGGUAACACGGACGAUAUUCGCAUCAUACCCCGAUCGCCUACGAAACAUGCCGUCGAGUUCUUUGAGCUCGUGACACCAACUGACGAGAACGGUCACGCGUCCUUAUAUAUUAGUACCCGAUGGAAGCUGUUGUAUGGCAACAAAGAGCUUUACAUCCACCGCUACGCUGAUAAUCGGUCCUCAUGGACACCCGCCAGGCAAUGGCUGAAACAGUCUUACGGCAAGACCGUACGUAAUACUGGCCUCUGGUCGGACUACGUCCGCUUAGGACAGAAGUUCCCCUUCAUGCGCCUACCGAAAGAGCUUCGCUACAUGGUCUUCGAAGCUCUAGUAGGACCAGUCCUGCGGCCCCGCAUCCGUGAAUCGCCGUUUAGCUGGAGGCCAAUAAGGCUUUUAAGAACACCUGAAGGCGAGCUGAUAAGGGAGGGAACGUCCACGCCUGAUGAGUCGCAGAAUCCCAUAGAUCCCCGUCUCGUUUGGCCUUCGAGGCUGGAUGUCGAGGGCCCGGAAUGGGAUAGGGUGUAUACACGUGCAUCCUGCUGUUCGUUCCAAUGCCCGUGUGCACUGCAACAUCAGCAACACAGCAACGUUGUACCGCUAUUGCUAGUCAGUAAGACGUUCUCGAUCGAGUUUCAGCAGAUCGCAUGGGUGACUACCACCAAGCACUUUGACCGCGUCUACGACAUUGUUGAGACCAUCCCAAAGAUGCAGACUCUUCCUUUCAUGGCCCUUCGCCGGAUAUCCCUUAAAUUGACGAAUCUAGACUACUUCCGGCUACUAAAUUACAGAGAUGGCCCUGCAGAAGACACGGGCCCACUAGCGCUGGAGAUGCUCAUGGGGUUGGAAAAUCUGCGGUUUUUGGAGAUCGAAUUUACGACCGGUCCGCCGCGUCUAGGUCACAUUCGAGUUCUUAAUAAAGGAUGGGCCGAUCCAUUCUCUGUGUAUGAGACCUCAUGCCAAGCUGUACUGGUUGACUGGUUCUUCAUGGGGCUGUACAUGAAGUUCGUACAGGCGAAGACGGACACUCGCCUCGUCCCGCACAUCACGUUCACUGGCCAUGUCAAGCAUAGUACCCGCGCUAAAUGGGAGCCGAUUUGGCAGAGUUUAAAGUGGGGUGUUCGCCACGACUUCUCGCGCAAGAUCGAAAUGAUCAUUUCGACUCCUGUCGGGCAACUGUGA